AAAAGAGAGAGUUGUGUGGAUUAUAUAGAUCCAAAAGAAUGGUUAUCAACUUUUGUCCUCAAUGUGGGCAGAAAGCAGAAGAAUCAUUUAAAUUUUGCCCAGCCUGUGGUUUCAAACUACCAAAGGAAGAAGUUGUCUCACAUCAUCAAACUUCCCCUGACAAUGUUGCCCCAAAAGUGACAGAGACCACUUUAAAACAGUCACCAGCAACUCGAAAGACUUCUACAAGAAAACGUGCAUUUGAAGAAUCUGCUGUGAGUGGGGCUGGCACCCCAGAGAAGCUGAAAAUAAAGCCAGUUACUUCUCCACUUAGUGGACAUGGACAGAAAAAACAUGCACACACAUCUCGAAACCAAUCAGUGAAAGUGGACAGUACCCCAGAAAAACAGGAAAUAAAUGAACUGAAUUCUUCACUGUCUAGUUUAGAUGUAUCUAAAAGAAGCAUGUUGGAACAUACACCAACUCGAAGAAAAUCUGCAAGAAACCUUUCUGUUGCAGAGUCUGCUCUGAGUGUGGGAAGUACCCCAGAAAAUAAGGGAAAACAAGAUUUGGCUUCUUCACCAGCUAGUUUACAUGGUUCAAAAAGUAAAAACAGCCCCAAAGUUCGGGGAGUUAAAUCAGUCAAAAUCGAACUGCUCCCAGAAAAUGAAAUACUAACUGACACCCAAAGUGUAAAAUGGAGGCUUGCUGAGUUCUUGUCGGCAUGGAAUACAGGAAUGCUCUAUAAAGCAUAUAAAACAUCUAGCGCUGCAGAAGAACAGCAUUAUAUCGCUAAACUGGAUGCAAAAGAUGGAAGAAUUUUUACUGAACAGAACUUUUUCCAACGUGCAGCAAAAAAAAAUAUUGUUGAUAAGUGGAAGAAGUCCCAUUCUUGCCCAUUAAUUGGAAUCCCAGACUGUGUUGGCUUUGGAGUACAUGAAAGCUACAGAUUUUUAAUAUUCUCUGCUCUUGGACAAAACCUGCAGUCUGUCAUUGAUGAUGAUGAUGAUGGUAAACUGCCUGAAAAAGCCAUUUUUCACAUUUCAUAUAGAAUUAUUAAUACACUGGAAUAUAUUCAUGAAAAUGAAUAUGUACAUGGAGAUAUCACAGCUGAAAAUAUCUUUGUAAACCGUAAUGAUCCUUCUGAGGUUUAUUUGGCUGGCUACUAUUUUGCCUUCCGUUAUUGUCCUUGUGGAAAACAUGUUACAUACCGAGAGGGCGGCAGAAGCCCUCAUGAAGGCACAGCUGAGUUUAUCAGUGAGGACAUCCACAAAGGAGCAGCGCCUUCACGCCGCAGUGACUUGGAGUCACUAGGAUAUUGCAUGCUGAAAUGGCUGUGUGGAUCUCUACCAUGGAGUGAGCAAACCAAUCCCAACACAAUAAUGGAGCAGAAAAAGAGGUUUAAAACAAACAUAGCAGAAUUUCUUGGACAGUCUUUCAAGCAAAGGAAAUUUCCAGAUGGACUGAGAAAAUAUUUGGAAUAUGUGAUGAACCUGAGCUAUGAGGAAAAACCUGAUUAUACAGUACUUCGUAAUACCUUAUCCUGUGCAUUGGCCAAAAUGGGUAUCUUCCCAGAUGAUCCAGUUCAUAUUUAGAUUAGAUUGGCUAUUCAUUUUACAGACAGACAACCCCAAGAAAUAUUUUUCUCUGGAUAACAAAUAUAAUGUGAAGUGGCUUUACUACUAAUGUAUGCUUUUAAAGUUUUAACAUUGUUGUUUAACUGUUUUAGUUACAUUCAUCGUUAAAUUAAUGAACAAACUUGCCUUCAAUUUUGGUAAUCAUUAAAUGCAUUGAGAAAUAUAUUUUACUUUAUAGCUUAUCCCACCAUUGAAUACUAGACAGAACAUUACUUUUCAUAAAGUUAUUUUACUGUGAAUUAUUUUAGAUUGUUUGUAGGGUGUGACCUUUUUUCAGUUUUUGUGAAAUUGCUCUCUGUGCUUUUAACAAUGUCAGAAAAUGCUUAUAUUGCUACUCGUCUUAGUGGCAAGAACAACGCCCAUUACUCAUUGCUGGACCAUUAUUGUAUUAAACACCUUAAUGCAGAAUACUGAAAAGGAAUUCCAAAAUCAGUAUUUGGACAUUCUGUACUGCAAACUUGCCAUGUUUUAUCUUACAGAAUUUGGUGUUCAUUUCUAUAUGUUAUGUUAAUCUCACAUCUGGAAUAAAAUGUUUUUAUAUCUUUGAAAAAAGUUUUAUGUGAAACAUGUUGGUGCUGAUUUGUUAGUAAAAAAUCAAUACAAUAAAGAUGUGAAUGACUGAA